CUACGACGAGUUCGUCGAGGAUGGGCGGCUCGAGCUCGGGAAGCGUGGAGAGAAGGAGGCGAGGAGCCGACACAGGCGAGAGAUGGCAGAACUGAUCAACGCCGCAGAGGGAGCCUCAGAAGACGAGGAUACAGAUUCGGACGCCGAGCGGAAAGCGGCAUAUGAGGCUGCACAGACCAGGGCAGCCAUGGACGGACUGCACCGCCUCGCAGAUGAGGAAGAUAUUGGCGGGGUGGGGAGGCUGGUGAUACCGAAGAUGAAGCCCCUGCCAGAGCUGAGGGACAGCCUGGCGCGGAUGAGGGACCUGGUCAGGGAGAUGGAGGAACAGGUCGCCGCGAAACGGAAACGGAUCGAGGGCAUCGAGAAGGAGAAGAAGGAGAUCCUAGACAGGGAGCAGGAGGUCCAGGAUGUUCUGAACCAGGCGGGGAUGAAGUACCAGUCCGCCAUGGGCAUCAAGAGCGAGCUUGCAGUGGAUCCGGUGACGCUGGCGGCGCAGUCGCCACUGCGGCCCGGCGCUCCUGGUGCGCAGAUGCGGCCCGAAGAAAGGGGCUUGGAGAGCUUCGGGACGCCUACAAGAACAGCACAAGACGUUGGUGAUGAUGAUGCAAUGGAGGAAUGAUACCCAAAAGUCUUGAUAGAAAAGGCGUCACAAAAUCAAUGACAAAACACCCAUUGAUAGAUG